AUGGACGCAGGACAUGGACUGGCGGGUGACAUCCGCCAGGCCGUGGCAAGUGAGCAAUUCGACCUUGGAGGAUUCACUGAAGCUCGCACACGUGAUUUGGUUGUGGCAGCAUUUGGAACACCAUUGACGGCUCCAACCGAGAUGAUUCGCUUCACGUUUGUUGUUGGCGGCGGUAAACUUGUUCGUGCGCGGUACUCAGAGCAGUUACCUAAGUGGAUGACAGCCGCGCUACGAGAGGUUGGUUUUGUGGAAGAUCGGUCAUCUGCCUGUACAUUGGACAGUCAAGGCACGUACAAGCAGCAAAAGGACACAGGGGCAAACUUAUUGACGAUUCAAGUGUUUCCCCGUUUGGCGUUGGCACCGUCAUCAACCUAUGACUGCGAAUUGGAAGACAAGCAAGCCGCCGUCGAUGUCGAUUCGCCUGAGUACUUGUGCAUUUCGAGUGAUUUGGAAACGUUCCAGCGCAUGAUUGUGCCAGCGAAAGCACGGUCGUGGGUACAAAAGAAGCGGCUACUCAAGGCGCUUCAAGCAAGCAUGCAAGCUUUCCAGCAUUUAGAAGAAAAACUCGUGCGCGGGGAGAACUUGCUGCCCGUGGAGCAGCUAAUGUACGACGGAAACAUUGGGCUGGAAGUGAACACGGAGAAAUGCACAUGGCUACAAGGCGAAAUCAAACGCAUGGUGGACGAGGGACAUUUGACCAAAGCAGAAAAAGAGGAUGUCCUUGCUACAUUGCAGCAGAACUUGGAGCACGUUGCUGCGGAGAUCGACGCAGCGUCUGGGAAGAAGAAAGACAAAUUGUUGGAAAAACAAUCGUCGAUCCAAGCGCGACUAGCUCUCGUCGAAGGACACAACGCAAACGUUGUAUAUCGUCUGCGAAAGAGCGCUGACAUCGUCAAGUUGCGCGUGGAGUUAUUGGCGGUACUUGCUCUGCAAGAGAAGGAGCGCAGUUUGAGCUUGACGUCGGAAGAUAUGCGACGACUCGAAGGGCGUCACGCGUUGGAGAGCACGAUUGCCGACUUGGAAGAACAAAGUCGCGAGUGGUUUGACGAAGAUUUCGACUCCAAAUGUGUGUUGGACGAGAAGGAGGCCGAGGCCCAGUACAAGAAGAAAAAGGCGACAAAGCCCAGUGGUGCAAAAGGAGGUGGCAGCGCCGCGUCCAGUUCAAGCUGGGCGACCAUUGGCAAGAAGAAACCUGUUGCGAAGGCUGCCAAACCCAGCGGCGUCGGCGUACUUCCCCUGACGUGCUACUUGAAUGCAACAAUCAGUAUGCUCGAUAUGAUGCCACGACGGCGAAUGGUGACGUCACCGGCGCACACCGUACUUGCUGCCAUCAUGAUGUGGUGGCACAGCCUAUCGCUCGCAUCCUUGAUUGCUUCGCGGGACAUUGUUGUUGCCAUUGGAGGUGAAGGGUACGUAGUCGUUCCAUCGCAGCGCAACCAGAACUUUGCUUGCUGUGGCGGGUGUUCGUCUGGCGUCCGUGCCGAUGCGUCGCUCUUGCCCCGUGGGGCUCGCAUUGUCCUUUGGGACGCCACGGUAAAGGUAGCUCCAUCCGAUCAAUGCCGAGUGACAUUUCCGUUUGAGCCUUCCAACGGCGAGCUUCCUGGAUCCAGGAGAGUUCGCAGCGGCAAACUUGUCGGGUCGUCCUUUCCCAUUGACCAUGACGCCGAUGCCCUGUGCUGUCAAAAUGGCGGCCAAUGCUCGCUAUCCGAAGAAGACGCGACUGGAAGGUGCGAUUGCGUCGUGCAAUACGGAUAUGCAGGCGCUUCCUGCGAGCUCAGUGUUUACGACAUUGCUGCGUCAAACAACUCACGGCUUUCUCCGUCUACCUUUGUGCCCAAGCAGUUUGCGAUCCAGCUGCCGGACUUACGGCAUGCGCUGGAAUCAUUCCCCGUCACCGAGCCAUUGCUGCAGGCACUCUUGUCCUCGGCGAGCUCCAACGGAAGCGAUGCGAUGGAUCCGAGCCUGUUGCUGUAUCGAAAGCGUGUUUUUCCACCCGCGGCUUUGGGUGUCGCUGCAUCGAUGGGCCUCGCUAGCAUUUUCAUAUUACUGUCUUUGGUCAAGUGCUGUAUCAAGCCACGGAUCUAUUCCAUCUUCGAAAAAAUGGUCACGAUGCUCCUUAUGCUUGGCCUUGCAUUCGUCGCAGCGACGUGCCUGACAUGGGCAGGCGAACAGUGGCUCAACUUGCACCAGCAGUCGACUAACCUCACGGCCCUUCUCAAUGUGUCCCUGCCUUCCAACGUCGGAUACUUUUUCGCAACAAUGUUGACGCCCUUGGCGGCAACCAUGCAAGGCCAGAAUUUCACGUCCAUUCCAGCCUUCCAGAAACAAACUGCCGCCCAAAUGGAGCUUUACGCUGAGCUCAAUCAAACAGACCUACAGGGAUUAUUUCAGCAGGCGCUGGAGCCUGUGAAAGCUGUGGCCAAACAAUUUCCCACCGCCACACGUUGUGAAAAUGUCGUCAUCGUUCGAAGCUCGUUCAGCGUCAUGUCAGUUGGUGCAGCAACCGGAUGCUUUCAGUGCCCGAAAUGUGCAGCGAUUACGGCGAACAUCCAACAAGUUGAGCUCGAUUGGUUUCGGGGUGUACAGGCCAUCCACUUCAUUUUGUUUCAAAGCCAUGUCAACCUCAUCGAGUUCUCCACGCUGGCGCUCGAGCCCCAACUCGACGCAUUUCAAAAGUCGCUUCACUACACAAAGGAAGCGGUGGAGGUGCACACCCAACGGUUAAGUGUCAUGUUGGCGUCCUUGACACACUCGUUCGCCCUCUUGCUCGACUACGGGUUGUAUACGUGGUGGGCCUGUUCCUUCGUCACAUCUGUCACGUGUGUGGCCGCGGCAAUUGUGGGGAUCAAGUACAAGUCAGGGGUCGUUGCAAAGGGAGCGAGCUUUUUGGCCCAGGUUUCAACGCUCUUGGGAUUUGGGCUCACGGGGGUGGCAUGGUCCUUGGCAUUUUGCGCGCGAGAUGGUAUUGAGUUGCUCCAAUCAUUCGACCAAAACGCCACGGUGCUUUUUCCCGAUGCCACUGUCUCCAUCGGGGUUUCGAAUCUCUUGCAUGAUCAGUCCCUUGUAGCCAACCACUCUUUGACCCAACUGCUGUCGUUUGCAGAUAUUGUAAAAGUGCCCCCCCUUGCGACGCCACAAGACCUGUACGCCCCUCCGAGUCGAUAUGAUUUUGCAGCGUUGUUUCGAUUUGAUGGACUCGUGGACCUCCAAGCCCGCUUUGACCCAACCAACCCAACUGUGCUGGAGUCACUCUUUUCGUGGGACGAAGGAAUUGUGGCGUCAAACAAGAACCUAUUGACCACGUUAAUCGACGGCAAUCAAACCACGCCGUCGCCGUACGCCGGCACAUUGGUCAACCUUACAGCCCCUCAUACCAUGACAUCGUUGCUCUCGACAUUCAAUGCUACGUGGCCGUCGCUGACCACAACUGCCAGUACUGCCCAAAACGAACGCAUCGCAUCACAAUGGCUCGUUUGUACAACGUUCGAGAUGCGGCGACGGGAUCUCCUUGACUACGUUUCAAACGUAAGUAGUUCCUUGGCUCUCACCCGGCCCGUCAUCGACGCCAUCCAAGCAAACACGUCCCGUUUGGAGGCACUCGAGUACCAACUAAAGGCGGGGAUGGAGUACUAUACAAAACAUAUCCAGCGUCUCAAGCUUGCCGAUUGUGGAUAUAACGGGAAUUGUGUGUGGGCGCGCUCCAUCUGGAACUCCAUGGUGGUGGAGUUGAUGCUUUUGGGGAACUCUGCAGAUCUGGCGACGACUUGUUUUGGGGCUGCAGCGGUGUCGCAAUUGCUCUGUGCCAUGUUUGCGUCGUGUUUUGCAACGCGCAUUCAAAAGCCCAAAGUCAAGAUCUAUGUAUUUGAGGAAGAAAAGAACCCACGACAAGAAGGAAAGAUGAGUUAACUCGAUAAACGUCGUCGCACCGCCAUCAAAGCCUCUCCCAAAAGAUUCAACCCUGGCCACUUUUCAGGGUGCGUGACGUCAUUGUCAGUCGUAGCCAAACCGAUGCCCCAAAUUUUGUCCGUCGCAGUUGCAUCCACUAGAACACGGUCGUCUGUGGCCAAGAGGAGUUGCUUCAAAUGGAUGUUCGUGGGACUGCUGAACUUGGCAAAGUUACCUGCUUGCACUAUCGAUGCCCGGUUGGCGAGCCAUAGCUCUUGGUUAAAAUUUUUCGCUUGCCGGCCGAGUGAUUUCGUUUCGUGGGGGUCUGUCGUGGCAAGGAUUCGUUCUCGAGUGUCUAUGUCGCCGAAGAGUGCAGCUUUCUGCGCCAUCAUGUAGUGCUCGGCUGUGGCGUAUGUGACAUUGUCGACUUGGAAUGGAGCUGGGAAAGCUUGACUGAGGAAGGUAGCUUCGACGUUUUGGCCCGUUGACGCAGCAGGAUCCUGGCCAAAGAAGACGUGGAAGGAGCGAGGCACAUCCCGCUUAGCAGCCCCGCAAGUCGUCGACGGAUUGCAUGCAACCAUAGCGUCGAUGGGAGAUCGGACACAACAAUCGACGAUCGGAUGGCAAUUA